CCCCGAGACCGCCACCAGCGGUCGGUUCGCCCGGGGAUUGCAUUGCGGGCGCGGGUCGGUUGUGCCCGGCUCCGCCGGUGCGCCCCGCCCCUGCUCGCACAGCAGGCCCAGGCGGAGCGGCGGGACGCCCAAGCCCAGCCCGAGCGCCGCGGCAUCCGAGCGGGAGCCGGAGCCCGAGCGGGACCGGAGCUGGAGCCGAAGCUGGAGCCGGCACUGCGGCGCACGGAGCGGAGCGCCGCAGCCAAGCCGAGUGAGUGGAGGGGGCCUCCCCCCCUCAAGAAGUCAGAGCUGUGCUCGUGGGCAGGCUGGCUCCACUGUUCUGCUCCAAGGAUUACAUGUCCUUCAAACGCCCUUGCCCCUUAGCACGAUACAACCGUACCAGCUACUUCUACCCCACCACAUUCUCCGAGAGCUCCGAGCACAGCCACCUGCUGGUGUCUCCAGUGCUGGUGGCGAGCGCUGUCAUAGGUGUGGUCAUCACUCUCUCCUGCAUCACCAUUAUUGUGGGAAGCAUCAGAAGGGACAGACAGGCCCGGAUCCAGCGACACCAUCAUCGCCACCGCCGCCACCAUCACCAUCACCGCCACCGCCGGCACAGACACCGAGAAUACGAGCAGGACCACGCAUCUGGAGGACACACACACAGCCACUCCAGCCACAGGAUGCCCUAUGCCUGCAGCCCUGCCGAGGACUGGCCCCCGCCCUUGGACAUCAGCUCUGAGGGGGAUGUGGAUAUCACCGUGCUCCGGGAGCUGUACCCAGAUUCUCCACCAGGCUAUGAGGAGUGCGUGGGACCAGGGGCCACUCAGCUGUAUGUCCCCACUGAUGCGCCACCACCGUACUCAAUGACUGAGUCCUGCCCCACGCUGAAUGGCGCCCUUGACUCAGGCAGCGGCCAGAGCCACCAUCAUCAAGAGCAGAGGACCCAGGGCCGGAGUGGCCUCCACACUGUCUCCCUGGACUCGCUGCCACCUUACGAAGCCGUGUGUGGAACGGGCUCUCCGUCUGACCUGCUGCCAUUGCCAGGGCCAGAACCUCAGCCAAGUAACUCCCAGGGCUCACCCACCCCAACCCAGGCUCCGACCCCCAGCCCUGAAAGGAUUGUGUGAGCGGCCAAGCCCAUAAGUCCCAUUGGUCCGACCAGGCUACCCUGUCUCCUCCAGGCACACAGGUGCACACACAACUCAUGCACAUGCAUAUAUAUGACUACAAAUAUAUACUGACACCCCCCCCCGAGUGCAUACACUGACACAUCCCACACAUACGCAGACACCUGUAAUAUGCACAAGUCCCACUACCACACAAACUCACCUGGGAAGGUUUUCUUUAGACGAAGUAUUCCCUACCUGGUAUCUCUUCCUCCCCAGCCUGGUGCCUGGUGGUAGUGCCUCUCUGAACAGUGCUGAACAGGCUUUCCCCAGCCUCCUCUAGGCCGUGGCCACAAUCUGAUUCUCCCGCAGAUACUGCUUGGUCAACUUCCUGCCAUAACUCCUACCCCAGGGCUUAUCCUACUGGGAGCUGAGACAGGUCCCAAUGAGGUCCUACUGUGCACUGUGCCUAUCUCUCAACCCCAGGGCGGAAGAGUCACAAUGUCACCAUCCUGCCACUUACACGGUGGAGAAAAAACAGGUCUGGUGGCUUAGGCGUGACCUGGAGGCCUCGCAGCCCAUUUAGCCUGUCUCGAUGUCCUCAGUUUGGCGGUGCUAGUGGGGUUAGCUCAGACUCCCACCCUAAGUUUCAGGGGGAGACAGGCCCUUGGGCAUGUGUCAUGAAGGAACGUCACAUGUGUUCUUAUGUCCGUGCCGGGAUUAAGAGCUCAAGGAAAAUAAGGUGUGGGUAGCCACCCCCCUCCCCACAAUGCUGCCUAGACACCACCCAGAGGAGACACAGAAGGACCCACUGCUCAGUAAGUGCCCAGCCAGCCCUGGCAGCCUGAGUCUAAGAGGUCUCAAGCCAACCCAAGAGCCAGCGCUGUCGUCCAGGAUGGCGACUCUCAGCUGAGGACUGACUGAGUUGAUGAAUUUUGGGCUUGCCUCUCUGGGGCAUAUGCAGAGACAAAACAAAAAAAAACAAAACAAAAAGACAAAAAAAAACCCACAAAUGUACCCCACUCUGUGUCACUAUGAGAAGACCAGUGCUGCUACCAACACCCCAUCCCGGAAGCAGGUGUGUGGAGACAGUCGGUUGGAGACAGGCUCAGAUAUUAGCCUGCGGGCUCCAGCAGUCUCCACCAAAGACUAUAUAAGGUGACAAGGUGAUCUUUGAAGACCCAGCUUGCCAAAGCUAAGCACUGAGGAGUAUCCCGUCAGCACUGCUGCUGACAGGGAGUGAGACCCCCUGCCUCCCCGACUCCGACCUUCUGUCAGUCAUCCCCAAACAGCAGACCUGUCCCCCCACUGAUCCCCUUCCCACAUUCAAUUCCUCCAACGAAGGGCUAAGAAACUUCAGCAAUCCCUUUCCUAAGCAGAGGGGUGGCAAGGACGGCUAUCUUGAUUUUUAUUUUCUAUAGAAAUAGCAUUUAUUCUGAUGCAGAACCGAAAGAGCCCAGCCCACAGGUUCUGUAACAUCGGGCGGGCAGCACCCUAGAGUCACAGCCUGGGGGAGGGAACCUUGUUUACAAGCACUUCUGCCCAUCUUUGUGGUGUUCUGCUUUCUAGGCAAAGAUGUCUGUCUGUUGUACUGCACAGCCUUUAAAAUGCACCCCAGGGGUGAGACUGUUUUAAGAAAGGCAGCCUGUUUCUAGAGCUCUGGAAAGUGGUGGGGGCAGAAGAACAUUCCUGCCCGCUCAAUGCCUUGGAGGGAUCUACAGAACAGCUUUUCUCCUUCCUAGAUUAGGCUGAACAAGCAGCAGUGUAUCUUUUCUGUACUCAAAAUAAA